AUGUUUCCAAACGUUACUCAACUGAAGCCAGUCGCUUCUUCCCAGCUUGCCGCCAGACGCAGAUUUCGCUCCAAGAAAGAAGCACCAGAUAUUAAUUUAAUCUGUACGACCUCAGCUUCUUGUCAUUCUUCUUCUACAUCUUACUUGUAUCCUACUUACUGUACUACCCUAACAUCUAGCUCUAUAAUACCCAUCACUUCCAUGGCUGAAUCCAUGUUUACAUGUACCACGUCAAUCAGCACCUCUACCAUUUCAGCUACUACUCCGAAUUGUGUCACAAUGAAUAAUAACAUUGCUAACAAUACUAUUAAAAUACCCCUGCCCAUCGGUAGUUCUUCGUUCAACAAGAAUAGUACUUGUGCAAAUAAGGCCACAAAACAGCCUGAUUUAUCUAGUUUAUCUUCCUCUCCACCUUCUUCUGCACCUGCCUCUUUCUUGAGACCAUCAACAUCCCGGCUAAUUUCAGCUGAUGUGAAUGAUCCAGCUAAUAGUCAGCAGUCUAUAAGUAAGGACAACCCUAGGAACUUUGCUUGCUCAAGUGAUGCAUGCAGCACAGUUACUACACCAAUUAUCUUUGCGUCAUCUAACAGUUUCAGGUCUUCGUACCUGGCAAACGGUACCAGUCCCAUUUCUUAUGGUCAUAGGCCGGCAGGUUGCAUUAGUCCAGGAAGUGAUGUCCCCACCUUUCGGCGACCAGUGCAUCGACUUUCGUCAAUUCCAAAUUUUGCAAUGCCAGAUGGUUUCUUUGGUUCACCUCCGAUCGAUGGCUCAGCUCUGCAAAUCAGAGAAUCAGUCAUUAAUAGGCCUGUCAAACGGAAUAGUGUUAUUGGCAUUAUGAGAAUACCAACCUGCUCUUCAAACAAUGUUGACUCAGAAGCGAGUAGUCAUGCCUUAUUAGGCCCCCUAAAAUAUAAAUCAGAUGAUGAGGCCAAGUAA